CGGGGCCUGCAGCGGAGCCGAGCCGAGCCCGAGCCCGCGCCGAGCCCUGACACUGUCCGUCCGCCUUCUGGCUCCCCGGGAGCCCGGACUGGCCGGAGCCCGAGCGGUGGCAGCGCUGGGAGCCCCAAGCGCCGAAGGGAGCGGACCGGACAGGACGGCCCUAGAGGAGGUGCUGCCGCCACAGUAGCAGGGACUGGAGUCUCCAGCCGCGGCCUCCCGGACCGUGCUGCCCAGGCCAGCUCAGGGAGAGCCGGGAGUACGAAAGCCCCACCCUCUGGGGCACCCCGGGAGCGGAGGCGGGAGCGGGGACGCGAGCAACCUCUCCCCCUGUUGGAGAGAAAAGACCCUUACCACUCGGGUGAGGGAAAGAAGAGACCCGUGGGGGGACGCCGCUCUUCUGCCUAGAGGCGAGGAAGACCCCUGUACUGGCCGGGGAGGAGACCCCCAGAAGUGGAAAGAGGGGAGCUUUCCGCAGAGAAGCAGAGUGAGACCACCCUAGCGCGCCCCCGCCCCUCCAAACACACAAUCUCAACAGUUCAGGACUUUGGAGGCAAAGAGAGAGAGGGCUCUGCCUAUGGAGUAGCACCCUCGGCCCACCAAUAUUCACAGGGGACAGGAGUCCUUACGUUCAGAAGCCACUCCAGGGAAAGAAGAGGAAUCGGCUUUCAGCCUUCUGGAGAGGGGAGGCCUCCCCCUCAACUUCCUCGUGCCUAGACAGUGGAACGGGGUAGAGCCCCUCCGCUCAGAUCUCCAGCAGACAGAAAGAGCCCUCCAACUCAGAAAGAUCCAGUUUGGGGGGGAGGGGAACUCCCCCAAGGGGGAGGAGACAACUCCUGGUUGGGAGAGGCUCCUCCCCUCCUCCCCAGGGUAACAAGCAGGGUGUGGGGGGUGUGCCACCUUCCCCAAGUAGGACCUCCUUCUCCUCCCCCUCCCCCUCCUCCUCCCUUGGCUCCUCAUCCUCAGGGGACCAAGUUCCCCUCACCAACUUGGGAGGCUCAGCCAAGUACAGGAAGAGCCACUGAGGAUGAGCGCCGUCACCUGUCUCUGAAGAGGGGAAUCCCUCCAGCCCCAAACUCCAGUACCAAGUGCUUCCCUCCCUUUGCCAGGGGAACCUUGGAGACAGGUUAGUGCUUUCUUUCAUCUUCUCUCUGUCAUCGUCUGGCACUAGUGGGUGUACGGGGUUGAGCUGGUGGAUCGUGGGUUUCACUACCGGGGAAGACAAGAGUGAUGACUCAGAAAAUCCAGUGGGAAAUGUGAUCCAAGGGCCUCCUGGAUUUGAACUCACAUCUUGCGGCAGAAGCUCGGAGAAAUGGGUUUCUUAGUGUUUGGGGACUAAAGGGAUGGGAUUCAUUUUAGGUCCCUUAGGGAAGUGGAUGUUUUCAUGCUGAGGAAAAGGGAUAUCGGAAAACGGCUGCGUUUUGAGAACGUGCAUGCUGUGUACACAACCCAACCAGUGAAGCCAGAAGUACCAUGGCUUCUGACCUAGAGAGUAGCCUCACCUCCAUAGACUGGCUUCCCCAGCUGACCCUCCGAGCUACCAUUGAGAAGCUUGGAAGUGCCUCCCAGGCUGGGCCUCCCGGGAGCAGCCGCAAGUGUUCACCAGGCUCACCCACAGAUCCUAAUGCCACCCUGAGCAAAGAUGAGGCAGCAGUUCACCAGGAUGGCAAGCCACGAUACAGCUAUGCCACUCUCAUCACCUAUGCCAUCAACUCCUCUCCAGCCAAGAAGAUGACUCUCAGCGAGAUUUACCGCUGGAUCUGUGAUAACUUCCCCUAUUACAAGAAUGCUGGCAUUGGUUGGAAGAAUUCAAUACGGCACAACCUUUCUCUCAACAAGUGUUUCCGGAAGGUGCCCAGACCUCGGGAUGACCCUGGGAAGGGUUCCUACUGGACAAUUGACACCUGCCCUGACAUUUCCCGAAAGAGAAGACACCCUCCAGAUGAUGAUCUGUCCCAGGACUCACCAGAACAGGAGGCCAGCAAGAGCCCACGGGGAGGCGUUCCAGGAAGCGGAGAAGCCUCACUGCCUCCUGAGGGGAAUCCGCAGAUGUCACUUCAGAGCCCCACAUCUAUUGCUAGCUACAGCCAGGGCACAGGAUCUGUGGAUGGUGGAGCAGUGGCAGCAGGGUCUUCAGGUCGAGAAAGUACUGAGGGUCCCCCUCCCCUCUAUAACACCAACCACGACUUUAAAUUCUCCUACUCAGAGAUCAACUUUCAGGAUCUAAGUUGGUCCUUCCGCAACCUCUAUAAGUCCAUGCUGGAGAAGUCCUCUUCCUCCUCUCAGCACGGCUUUUCUUCUCUCUUGGGGGACAUCCCACCCUCGAACAACUACUACAUGUAUCAGCAGCAGCAGCCACCGCCACCUCAACAGCAGCAGCAGCAGCAGCAGCCGCCACAGCCACCUCCCCAGCAAUCCCAGCCACAACAGCAGCAGGCAUCUGCCCAGGGCCCCUCAGCUGUAGGCGGUGCUCCUCCACUGCACACCCCUAGCCCGGAUGGUUGUACCCCACCAGGGGGAAAGCAAGCUGGGGCGGAAGGCUAUGGGCCUCCCCCUGUGAUGGCCAUGCAUCCACCCCCCCUGCAGCACGGAGGCUACCACCCUCAUCAGCACCAUCCCCACUCCCACCCUGCCCAGCAGCCACCACCUCCACAGCCGCAGGCACAAGGCCAGGCUGCCAUCAACAACACUGGCUUUGCCUUUCCUUCUGACUGGUGCUCUAAUAUUGACUCUUUAAAGGAAAGCUUCAAGAUGGUGAAUCGGCUCAACUGGUCCAGCAUUGAGCAGUCACAAUUCUCAGAACUGAUGGAGAGUCUACGACAGGCAGAGCAGAAGAACUGGACCCUCGACCAGCAUCACAUUGCCAAUCUGUGUGACUCCCUCAACCACUUCCUUACUCAGACUGGUCACGUGCCCCCUCAAGGGGGUCCCCACCGCCCACCAGCCCCUGCCCGUAUUGCUGACUCCUGUGCCCUCACCAGUGGCAAACAGGAGUCCGCCAUGAGCCAAGUGAACUCUUAUGGGCACCCACAAGCUCCGCACCUCUACCCUGGCCCAUCACCAAUGUACCCAAUCCCCACCCAGGACUCAGCAGGAUACAAUCGCCCAGCACACCAUAUGGUCCCUCGGCCACCAGUGCCACCUCCUGGUGCCAAUGAGGAGAUCCCCGAUGACUUCGACUGGGACUUAAUCACUUAGUGCAUCACAGAGUGUGGAGAUCAGCCCAGGGCCGCAUGGUGAAGUCUGGCAGUGGAGAAAGAGCAACCCCAACCCGUCCCUCCCCCCCACGUCUGUAUAUAGACAUAUAUCCUCUUUUUGUUCUUUCUCUGUCGGAGAAGCCACUGCAAGAUGCUGCCGAAGAUAACCCCCUCUUUCCUGCCUCGUUCUGCUCUCUUCCUUCCUGUUUUUUCCUAGUUCUUUUAUUAUUAUUCUAUUAUUAUUAUUAUUAUUGGUUAUAUACUGUCUGUAGUCUCCUGUCCCUACAUCAUGGAUCAUGUCCACCUCUUGCUAAUUUAAAAUCAUCAGGCUGGAAGAUGAAGCCGUGAUAGCUACAGAGAAAAGUUUCAGUCUCCAAUUUACCUUUCUCUUGGAGAAACUCGAUGCUGAUCCCACCUUUUGGCCCUAAAUUGUUUUUUGUUCCCGUCAGUUUCAGGCCAGGACUGGAGAGGCCACAUUACCAAGUAGAAACGGUCUGAAACAUUACUUGGCAGCCAAGAAUUUGGAGGUUUUAAAAUGGUGCUAAUUCUGUCCUCUGAGGUCUUCCUUGUCCCUUUAUACCUUCAAUCCUUACUUCUGCCAGUCUGCAUUUCCUAUCGGGGUGAAAGUGAUGAUGGUGGUGCAGGAGGGUGACAAUAAAAUCCUAUUGGAAUUGGAGACCUGGGUUGAAAGGGAUGGAAUAUAAGUCAGUGUGAAACUGAGUGUACACUGCCAUGUUACAUCAGUGUCCAUUGUCUUGUUUCGAGCGCAUUCUGUAAGAAGAUAGGAUUGGUUUUAGCCCAAACUCUGCUUCUAUGGUAGGGCAUGAGGACAACUAUUUGGCAUAGUUUUAGCUUCUUGGAGAUGAUUCCAACCUAAUUAUUUUGGCCUUUUAAACGAUUUUCUCUGAAAAUUAAUUGUGGCUCUUAUUUGCAUUUACGAAUUAUCUUCCUAUCCCUUUUUCCCAUUCAGCAAAUAUUAGUUUGUCCUCCUUUAAUUGUUUGCCCAAAUCUUCCACCCAUCUUUUUUCUUCCCCCAUUUUCUGGGAUUCUCAAGAAAGAGUAACCCAUUAUCACUCUGAGUUUCAUCAUGUCCUAAGACAUGAUGGGAAUCUCAUUCUCACCUCUCAUAGCAGAACCAAACCUUUAGUGUUGGUGGUAGGAGGAUGGGGAGAGGAAAAGGGAGCUGGCAAAGAAAUGGAUAGGGAAUAUUUUAGUUCUUUAAAUAUAUAGGCAGAUGCUUCUCUUGGAAUCUAGAUCAUCUGGCUGAAGCUUUUGCAAGUAGGCUUUGAGAGGUGAAGGAGAUUGGUGGAGGUGAGUAAAUAAUCAGAGGCAAGAGUUCAGUGAGGGCCAAGGGGGACCCCCAGAAAAAGGUAUAGAGCGAACUCAUCUCUUUUGCAAGGGGUGGCCAUGACUCACCGUUGCAAAGUACUCAGUGUAUAUUUAAUGUUAAUUGUUGAAUUUUAGUUAUGAGAGGGAAGAACAAUUUUAUUUCUGUCCUUAUUUCACUUGCUGAAAAGCUGUGGGACAAAAUGUAUGGAAUAGACAAGGCCACUUUCUUUGUGAUUUCUGCUUUUCAUUCAUAUUAUUUUAUUUACCCAUGAUUUCCAAGAGAUUUGGCUUUCUGCUCUCCUGCUUUUUUCUUUCAUCCACCCCUUUCCUUUUUUUGGAAGGGGGUUAUAUGUGAGAGUUUAUUGAAGAAGUCCAGUGAGGCUGAAGUAAAGGGGCAAGAUGGGGCAGUUAACUAAAGAGCACUUUAUUUCUUUGAAGCCUUUGUAAGAAAGAAAUGGGGGUGCGAGUGGCUUGAAUCUCCCAUGACGUUGGAGGGCACUUAGUGGGGUUGAAGUAUGACAUAAUAUUUCCCAUUGGGGAAAGGAGAAUUUCUCUUAGAGGGUGGCAAAAUGCCUUUGCCCAGUGUCUCUAUUUUAGGCAUCUUUUCCUUCCUUAUUCCUUCCAGUCAGGGUGUGUCCUACACAUAACUUCCCAUUAGUUCUCCUCAAUGUUACCCCUUUGUAAAUGAUCACUCCUCUUUUCUAAACCCUUUUCCUGUUCAGAUCCAUACAGGAUUUGCAAGGGUAGACUGAAUUAUACAUGCAAAUGCCCCUUGUUCAUCUGUGUCUUCUGCAAACUAGUCUCAUGAAGAAUUCUGGUGUGCAGCCAGGGUAGUGAAGUUUGGUUCUGGGACUGGAGAUUGGCCAUUUGGCCUCCUGAGAUUCCAGCUCCCUUCCACCAAGCCCAGUCUUGCUACAUGGCACAGGACAAACCUGACUCCCUUUGGGCCUCAGUUUCCCCUCCCCUUCAUGAAACAAAAAGAAUACUACUUUUUCUUGUUGGUCUAGCAUUGCUGGACACAAAGUGUAGUCAUUAUUGUUGUAUUGGGUGAUGUGUGCAAAACUGCAGAAGCUCACUGCCUAUAAGAGGAAAUAAGAGAGAAAGUGGAGGAGAGGGACAAAAGGAGUAAUUAUUUGGUAUAGAUCCAUCCAUCCCAACCUUUCUCUCCUCAGUCCCUGCUCCUCAUGUUUCUGGUUUGGUGAGUCCAUUGUGCCACUACCCAUAAUGCUUUGCAUUGCUGCAUCCUGGGAAGGGGGUAUAUGGUCUCACAAGUUGUCGUCAUUGUUUUUUUGCAUGCUUUCUUAAUAAAAAAAAAAAAAAGAAUGUUUACAGUUUUAUCUUA